UGACAAUACUAUAAUUGGUAAACGAACUCAUUUCCACUCACUAGUUUCCUUAAGCGACCAGAGACACACUGAGAUCUCUCCUCUUUCUGUCUUCACCAAUGGCGUUUUCCUCCUCUUCUUCUUCUCCGGCGAUGCAGAAAGGAAUCUUUGUCUCCAUGCCUGUACUUGUUCUCACCGUUUCCUUUGUAGCUGCUGUCUUCUUCCUCCUCUCUUCUUCUUUCUCCUCUUGCUCCUGUCCUGAAGCUUUAUCUUCUUCCCCGACCGACGCCGUUGAAGCUUCUGUCGGUGGAAGCGGUGGUGAUGUGAGAUUUGAGGACAGGAUAUCUCCGACGCAGGAUGAUAUUGAGUGGGUUAGAGAUCUGAUUAGAUCCAACGGUUUGCAUAUGCAGAAGAAUGAGCUUCGUAAAGGGAUUAAUCCUCGCACUAGAGAUCAACAACUUGCAGAUCUGAUACAGUACAAGGGUAUAUCCCAUUACGAAGGAGAUGAAGCAAACAACCACACAGCUCUUCCAUGUCCUGGUGAGUUACUAGUUGAGCAGCAUCACAGCAACUAUGGUGAACCUUGGGCAGGUGGGCGCGAUGUAUUCGAGUUCUUAGCUGAAUCAUCCAGUCUUAAACCAAACUCUCGUGUUCUAGAAAUUGGAUGUGGCACGUUACGCGUGGGUUUGCAUUUCAUUCGCUAUCUUAGUCCCCAACAUUUUCACUGCCUUGAAAAGGACGAGCUUUCUCUAAUGGCUGCUUUGAGGUACGAGCUUCCAUCACAAGGACUUCUACAUAAACGACCUCUUAUAGUCAGAGGCGAUGAUAUGGAAUUCAGCAAGUUUGGUUCAGAUACAGCCUAUGAUCUGAUAUACGCAAGUGCAGUCUUUCUCCACAUGCCUGAUAAACUCGUGUGGACUGGACUCGAAAGAUUAGUAGACAGGUUAAAACCUUACGACGGGAGAAUCUUCGUGUCACAUAACGUAAAGUUUUGUUCACGGUUAGGACAAGACAAGUGUUCUCAGAAGCUAGCAAGUUUAGGACUUGAGUAUCUUGGAAAACAAACACAUGAUAGCUUGCUGUUUAAUCACUAUGAGAUCUGGUUCGGGUUUAGACGGUUUAAAACAUAAAGCCGCCAGUUGAAGUAUUAUCUUGAGUGUGUUUCGCUUUUCUCUACACGCCAUUGCUCUCCAUUGUCUGUAGAUUGGAUCAAGACUUGAAGAAGGUUCAGAAGUUGUUUUGGUGAACAAAAGGAAAGAAUCUCUACAAAAGCUGUGGAUUAGAAAGUUUGUUCUGUAUCAGUUACUUUAAUUUUUGUGUUUGUGGUCAGAGAGAUACAUGUAUUGUUAAUAUACAGUAGUAGCCAAAUGAUAUAAGAGAUGAGGCUAGAUUCUUUUGUUUGUAACCAAAGACAAAUUCUUUUUCAUAUCUUAAAACUUGUUACUACUUGUUUGUUUGCCAGUAAUUUGACAUAAUCUCAACAAUAAUACUGCAAAAAAAAAGAAAAUUUCACCUGAUAUUAGCAUUCAAGAGACAAAGACAUGUCCUAAAGGAUCACAGUACCAUUUUCUGCAACAAGAAGUAGAAAAUACGACAUACUAGAAGAACUAAGACCAUCAGACCCACAAAUAUAGACCACCCUCAAUCUAUGACAAUGGGGAAUUCUUUCCUUGACCCAUCUCUAUCUUCAACCUCAUCAGUGUUACCACAAUCCUCACUUUGGUUUUCUGUUUCUUCUGCUUCACUACGGAUAGAGUGAUCAGGCUCGAGUGUGCAACUGGGGAUAGCAGCAGGGAUAGCAACUGGGGAUUCCCUCUUUCUCAUCUCCAUUCAACCUAAAUGACGGCACUCUGUGAGAGAAUCUUUGCAUUUCCUCCGGUGUGAUCAUGAAAGAGAUGACUCCAUGCUGCACAGCUUGUUUAUAGACCGAUGCAAAUCCCUGAACCUUUCCUAAAUAGGCCACUCCAACGCCUAGAGAAUCGUCGAAGCUGACUAGAACUUCCACAAAGUCGUACCUAUAAGGAGU